AUGAAGGAACGAGGCGUGCCCCUGAAGCCCAUCCGCCGAACCCAACAUCGCUUCAAAAGCUACAAGGAUCAGACGGUUGUCGAGCCUUUUUCUCCCGGGACAAAUGUAAUUGUUGGUCGCAAUGGUUCGGGGAAGAGUAACUUCUUCGCCGCGAUACGCUUCGUCCUGAGCGAUGCCUAUACCCAGUUAAGUCGCGAGGAGCGCCAAGCGCUCUUGCACGAAGGAUCUGGAUCUGCUGUCAUGUCGGCCUACGUCGAGAUCAUAUUUGAUAAUUCCGACGAGCGCUUCCCGACCGGCCACUCAGAAGUCAUUCUGCGCCGCACAAUCGGCCUCAAGAAAGACGAAUACUCGGUGGAUCGCAAGGUUGUCACCAAGUCCGACGUCACGAAUCUUCUCGAAGCCGCCGGUUUCUCGCGCUCAAACCCCUACUACAUUGUGCCCCAGGGACGCGUGACAGCCUUGACGAACAUGAAGGAAUCCGAUAGGCUAACCCUCUUGAAGGAGGUGGCCGGUACUCAGGUUUACGAGGCGCGCCGUCGCGAGUCUCUAAAGAUCAUGGAAGAGACGCGUGACAAGCAGGGCAAGAUUGACGAGCUUCUCCAGUAUAUCCGGGAACGUCUAGCUGAGCUUGAAGAGGAAAAAGAAGAACUGCGUGGGUUUCAAGACAAGGAUCGAGAGCGCCGUUGUCUCGAAUACGCAUUCUAUCACCGCGAGCAGGUUCAGGUUCAGGAUGCUCUCGACGAAAUCGAACGGACGAUUGCACGACUGGAUGCCGAAAUCCAUCGACUUCAACGCGAAAUGGAGCUCCUGGGCAUUGACAAACGCCAGCUCGAAGAGGAUCGUCGCGAGAAUGCCAAGGCUCGCGCAAAAGCGGAGAUGGCUCACAAGAACCUAUCAGACGGACAGUCGGCCCAAGAGCAGGCGCGAGCGACCCAUGCGGCCGAGCUCGAGGCCGUUCGCGCGGACAUCAUCGCCAAGGACCAGGAGCUUGCUAGAAUCAUCCCAGACCUCACGCGACGCAGGAUGAAGGAGGACGAAGCGAAACAGAAUCUCGACACUGCUGAAGCCACCCGAGCGCGUCUCUUCACCAAGUCGACACGAAGCUCGCAAUUCAAGAACAAGGCGGAACGAGACGCUUGGCUUCGCAAGGAAAUAGACGAGGUCACACUCGCCCUCGGCAAUCAAAAAGCCAACCGGAUUGAUGCCGACGAAGAAGUCAAGCGAGUCGAGCUAGCGAUCAAGCAGCUGGAACAAGAGGUCAUUCUCCUCAGGUCAAGGCUCGAAUCUUGGGGUGGAGACAGAUCAUCGCUCGUGGACGAUGUCACCAAGGCGCGCGAUGCAUUGGACCGACUCAACGAUGAGAGGCGCAUGCUACGGCGUGCCGAUGAUAAGCUUGAUUCCGUUAUCGCCGACGCCCGUCAGGAGCGGGACCAGGCAGAACGAGACCUUGGACAUGCCAUGGAUGGUGCUACUGCUCGGGGCCUCGCGACGAUCCGACACCUUAAGAAGGAACGCGACAUUCCCGGCGCUUACGGUACCCUUGCUGAGCUUCUCGAUGUCAGUGAUGCCUACAAGCUUCCCGUCGAACAAGUUGCGGGAGCUAGUCUCUUCCAUUAUGUGGUCGAUGAUGAGCGGACUGCAACCUACCUCGCCAACAUCCUCCACAAGCAGCAUGGAGGACGAGUGACUUUUAUGCCUCUGAACCAGCUUCGGCCCCGGCCGAUCAACCUGCCGAGGAGUGCCGAUGCGGUUCCGAUCCUCAGCAAGAUCAAGUACGAGUCCACCUACGAAAAGGCUUUCCAGCAGGUUUUCGGCAAGACGGUACUUUGCUCUAAUCUUACCGUCGCUACCCAGUAUGCUCGUAGCCAUGGGGUUGAUGGAAUCACGGCAGAGGGAGACACAUCGAGCAAGCGAGGAGCCAUGACUGGUGGUUAUAUUGACCCUCGCAAGUCGCGUCUCGAUGCUGUCAAGACUGUGAGCAAGUGGCAAGACGAAUAUACCAAGAAGAUUGCGGAAUCCGACGAGAUUCGGAGACAAAUUGAGAGGAAGGAUCAGGAAAUCACCCGUGCCAUGGGUGAGUUGCAAAAGGCGCAACAGCGCCUGCGCCAGGUUGACGACGGCUUCGAGCCGCUCAAGGCUGAACUACGCGCCAAGACGGGGCACCUAGAAAACGAGCGGUCUCAGCUGGACGCGGCGUGGAAGCGACGGGACACGGUCGAAAGGCACAUGAAGGCGUUUUCCGAGAAUCUUUCUGCUCACGAAGCCGAACUUGCGUCAGAGUUUAAGAAGGCUUUGACGACUGCCGAGGAGAACCAACUGGAAGAUUUCGGCCGAAGAGUGCAAGAAUUCCACAAGCAGUGGAAUGAUUUCAGCAAGAAGAGGAGGGAGCUCGAGCAGAGGAAACAAAUUCUCGAGGUCGACCUGCGUCACAACCUCCAACCAAAGCUUGAUCAACUCAACAGCUUGGCGUUUGAAAACUCAGCCUCGGCCGGCACGAGCCUCUCGGAAGCCGCCCGAGAGCUACAGCGCCUGCAGAACUCAUCGGGCGCCAUCCGGAAGAAGCUCAAGGAGAUCGAGGCUCAGCUAGAACGACAGCAAAACGAGAUCUUCGAGUUGGAGGGCCAGAAGAGCGAGCAGGAGCAGUCUCAACAGGAAAUCGCGGCCAGAAUUGAGAGGCAACAGAAGAGAAUCGAGAAGAAUCUCCAACGCAAGGCCCUCCUAACCACUCAAGCCACGGAAUGCGCGAAGCAGAUCCGAGACCUUGGUGUCCUGCCUGAGGAGGCCUUUGAUAAAUACGAAAGGAUGGACGGCAAAGUGAUUGCCUCCAGACUCAAGAAGGUCAAUGAAGCCCUCAAGAAGUACAAACAUGUCAACAAGAAGGCGUUUGAACAGUACAACAGCUUCACGAACCAGCAGGAUCAGCUUCUGAAACGACGAAGCGAACUCGAAGAGUCUCAAUCGUCCAUUGAGCAACUCGUUGAGCAUCUUGAUCUCCGCAAGGACGAGGCUAUUGAACGAACAUUCAAGCAGGUCUCCAAGGAAUUCGCCACCAUCUUCGAGAAACUUGUCCCAGCUGGCCACGGUCGCCUCGUGAUCCAACGCAGAACCGACCCGCGCCACGAUGCGGAAGAAUCGGAAGAUGAGGCUCAACCGGCCAGCAAGGUUGACAACUACAUUGGUGUCGGCAUCAGUGUCUCCUUCAAUUCCAAGGAGUUUGACGAACAGCAGCGCAUCCAACAGUUGUCUGGUGGACAGAAGAGUUUGUGCGCGCUCUGCCUCAUUUUUGCCCUCCAGCAAACGGAAAGCAGCCCUAUGGUUAUCUUUGACGAGGUGGAUGCCAAUCUUGACGCCCAGUACCGUACCGCUGUUGCCGCUCUUCUCGAUUCCAUCUCCAAGGAGGCCGGCACUCAGUUCAUCUGCACCACCUUCCGACCGGAGAUCGUACAUAUCGCCGACAAAUGUUACGGAGUAACCUUCCACAACAAGACGAGUUCCAUUGACUGCGUCCCCACCGAGCAGGCACUUGAAUUCGUCGAAGGCCAGAAGAGGUAA